AGUAGUAGGACAAAAGUAGCCGGCAGGCUGCAUCCCUCCUCACCGCAGAGCUCCAGUCAGAAGAAACAGAAAAAAGUUUGUGCAGCGGCGGUGAGACGCUCCUGGAUCCGUCGGAGUUAAACGAGCUGAUCUGAGGAGGAGGAAGCUUCUCACUGACAACUGGCACUAAGGUGUCUCCACACUUCAGACUGUACUGCUCCUCCUGACUUGCAGAGAAUUCACAAUGGCCGACCGUUUCGACUGUGUCAACUGCAAAGAAUCCCUGUACGGCCGCAAGUACAUCCAGUCCGAUGACAGCCCGUACUGCAUCCCCUGUUACGACAGCCUGUUCUCUAAUACGUGUGACGAGUGCAAAGAGCUGAUCGCCCAUGAUGCAAGGGAGCUCUUCUAUGAGGAGCGACAUUAUCACGAGCACUGCUUCCGCUGUUUCCGCUGCGACCGCUCGCUGGCGGACGAGCCCUUCACCAGCCAGGACGACGCUUUGCUCUGCAACGACUGCUACUGUAACGAGUUCUCCUCCAAGUGUGUGGCCUGCGACAAGAUUGUGAUGCCAGGCACCAGGAAGUUGGAGUACGGCGGCUCCACAUGGCACGAGGGCUGCUUCAUCUGUCACAGCUGCGAACAGCCGAUUGGCUCCAAGUCCUUCAUCCCCGACAAGGAUGAACACUACUGUGUUUCCUGUUACGAGGACAAGUUCGCUCCACGCUGCACGCGCUGUAAAAAGACCCUGGCUAAAGGGGGUGUGACUUAUCGGGACGAGCCGUGGCAUAAGGAGUGUUUCGUGUGCACCAGCUGUAAGACGCAGCUGGCGGGUCAACACUUCACCUCCCGAGACGACAGCCCUUACUGCCUCAAGUGCUUCGGCAGCCUGUACGCCAAGAAGUGUGAGGCCUGCAGCAAACCCAUUACAGGUUUCGGGGGAGGAAAGUACAUCUCAUUCGAGGAUCGUCAGUGGCAUCAGCCGUGUUUCUCCUGCUCCCAGUGCUCUGUGACUCUGGUGGGCGCCGGCUUCUUCCCUGACGGCGAGAGGAUCCUGUGCCGCGAAUGCAACACCAACCUAUAGAGCAGUCACUCACAGUAUACUCCCCCUUUCGUCCUCUGUCACAGCAUUUCAAGAACCCCCAAGUCAUUACCGAGGAAGGUAACACAGGCUAACUAAUGCUGCCUCUCAGGUUGUUUUAUACAAAGACGUCAGUCCCUUACCGUCCCGUCUGGAUCAGAGUUUCAACCAGGAGCUAGUGUGUGAAACCCUGUGUUGGUGCUGCAGUGUUUAUGCAGUGAACACCACAGAUUUCCUCUUUAACCAAAAACGUCAUUAUUUUGUGCGACCAACUUUAUGUUGUGCCUUAAAAAUAACAUGUCUUAAAUGUUAUGACUUAUCAAACCAAAGAAAAAUUCAAAGUGCUAGUCACUUUGCAAAUAGAAACACCCAAUCCCUUCAUAUUUUAUAUAAAUGUUUUACCACUUCAGGUAGAGGUCAGGCUCUGAAGAGAAGACACAGAACACUGAUCCAGAACCGAAUUAAAACCCUAACACUCUGUAUUUUCAAACUAUGUUGUAGUUACUGUUUUAAUGCUCUUAUAACUGCAGUUUUAUGCAUUUUGAAUGUUGCUUUUUCAUCUUUUCGAGAAAUGUGCGUCUGGCUUUGUACGUCUUGAACGAGUGACUGUAGAUAAUGACAUAGAAGGAGGUGUGACACUGUUGUUAGACCAAUUUAAAAAUGUGUCAGAAAGUAAUAAAACAGUGAGACAGUUGUGAUCAAUGGAGUCAUUUGCACUUUGGAUUAGAUUUUCUCUUGCCAACAUGUUAUGUGCACAUAAACAACACAAUUCAAGGACAUGGCACGAGACACACAAAACCCCCUCUAAUGUUAUGUAUCUGCUUGUGGAACUUUUCAAUGACACUUAUUUUACAUAACGUUUCAUCAUAUUUCAUUUGUUGUAACAAAUCUUUUUUUUUUUUUUUAUCACCUUUGCUCAAAGAGCCAGCGUUUAUUACCCAAAAAGAAGCUGAAAUGAAAAUGCAUUACGGUUGUGUAUUGCAGGAGCAUGCGUGUCUUCAUCUGCUACAGCAAUUGUUGUGUUACUGUUAACACUGUUGGUGUUUUUCAUUGUUAGUUUUUAACUUGUAUGUAUAAAAACAAAAUAUAAAAAAAAGUACUUAUAUGUCAUUAUUUCAGCUUUGAUGCUGGUGAGUCAGAGUUGGCGAAUAUACAUUAAAAAGAUGAAAACUAAGCCAUCGAGGCAAAAGCAGUAUGAACCUAAACUGAUAAUUGAAACGACUAAAUGCUACAAUGGUUAGUCUUAUUUGUGAAGUCUUAUUAAAUACAUUUACAACGAC